AUGGUAUCUGAGGCUAUAUUGCCAAUAGGAAUGUUAUCCGAAGAAGCGCAAGAAGCAAUGAAUAAGGAUUCACGUAUUUCUACGAAUGAAGAUGUAAUGCACUAUUUAGACGAAAAGAAAAAAGUUGGGCCCUCGGGGGGCAGCCCAUCGCUGUGGAAACAUUUUGAUGCGGUCCAUCAAAUUAUCGGACUGACAGCAGCCAUUACUGCUGAAGUAUACGAAUCAUUUAUUGUGUCAUCUAUGGCUAUAGGAUCACCAGAACCAAUGUCGCCAGAGCAAGAACCAAUGUACGCCAGUAAUUACAUGACGAACUCACCAUUAGUGUCGCCAUUAGGUAGCUCGACAACAGCAGCGGGUGAAUCUACAAGUAAAAAGAGAAAUUACAUGGGCGAACUAAUAAAAGUGGCAAAAGAACAAAACGAAUUGCUGAAGACAGUGGUGGAGGACGGGAAAAUAUUGACUGAGAGAGUUGUUACUGCAAUUGAAGAACAAAGUAGUAAUACAAAAGAGUUUAUAGGUAUUAUGAAAACUAUUUUAGAAAAAAUGUAAUAAUAAAAUGAAUUUGAACUGAAUAUUAAU